GCCUUCUUUAAUGUCGCAAAAGUGCGACAAGUCAGUAAAACGGAGAGAGCGUAAUUGUUAACUGGAAGUGUUAUAAGAUUAAAGAAAAAUGGCACAAAGAUUUCCUGUACCAAAUACAGGAAAUAAUGGACCUCCUCCUCAAAGAUAUCCACCAUCAUCGGUACCACCAAACUUACGCCAAUAUUCUGGACCUAAUUUUCCGAUGCAGCCAAGAUCUGGUUUUACACCACCACCACAAAUGAGCAAUGCUGGACCUGGUCCUGGAAGCAUAAUGAGACCAAACCAACCUUACUCAAACAUGCGUCAAGGGCCAAUGCCUACACCUCCCGUUGGAAAGAGAACCACAGACCAACGUAUCCCUAUGUCACAGCAAAAACCUGAUUUUUCACAUUCCACGUCGAAGAAAAAGAAGAAAUUGGCGGACAAAAUACUGCCUCAGAAAGUACGAGAUUUGGUGCCAGAGUCGCAAGCUUACAUGGAUCUGCUUGCAUUUGAGAGAAAAUUGGAUGCGACCAUAAUGCGAAAACGUCUCGAUAUCCAGGAGGCUUUAAAGCGUCCAAUGAAGCAGAAACGAAAAUUGCGGAUUUUCAUCUCGAAUACAUUUUAUCCAGCUAAGGAAGCUGGUGAGGGCGAGGAAGGAUCUGUGGCAUCCUGGGAACUUAGAGUCGAAGGUCGUCUUUUGGAUGAUACAAAAAAUGAUCCUAAUAAGGUGAAACGUAAGUUUUCGUCUUUCUUCAAGAGUUUAGUGAUAGAACUAGACAAAGACUUGUAUGGACCUGACAAUCAUUUGGUUGAGUGGCAUCGUACAUUGACUACUCAAGAAACUGAUGGCUUUCAAGUUAAAAGACCUGGUGAUAAAAAUGUACGCUGUACUAUACUACUCCUUCUUGAUUAUCAGCCAUUGCAGUUUAAAUUAGACCCACGAUUGGCACGAUUGUUGGGUGUACACACGCAGACGCGACCCGUCAUUAUAUCCGCCCUUUGGCAAUACAUAAAAACACACAAGCUCCAAGAUAGUCACGAGAGAGAGUUCAUCAACUGUGAUAAAUAUUUGGAACAGAUAUUUGCUUGUCCGCGAAUGAAAUUCGCCGAAAUACCGCAACGAUUAAAUCCGUUAUUGCAUCCGCCCGAUCCUAUCGUGAUAAAUCAUGUUAUAAGUGUGGAAGGUACAGAAACAAAGCAAACUGCUUGUUACGAUAUCGAUGUAGAAGUCGAUGACACUUUGAAGACACAAAUGAAUAACUUCUUGUUGUCUACUGCAAGCCAACAAGAAAUUCAGAGCCUCGAUAAUAAGAUUCACGAGACAGUCGAGACGAUUAAUCAAUUGAAAACGAAUCGUGAAUUCUUCCUGAGUUUCGCCAAGGAUCCACAACAAUUUAUCAACAAGUGGAUUAUUUCACAGACCAGAGACUUGAAGACAAUGACGGAUGUCGUUGGUAAUCCAGAGGAGGAACGAAGAGCCGAAUUUUAUUAUCAGCCAUGGGCGCAAGAAGCAGUUUGUCGUUACUUUUACACGAAGGUGCAGCAGAAGCGGGCGGAAUUGGAACAAGCGUUGGGAAUCAGAAAUUCGUAAAAAAAUGAUCGAUAGUUUCUUAUCGUAAAAUUAUGUAAAAUAUUCGUAAAUGUUUAUGCCUAUUAUUUGCAACACGGCGCUAUUAUAUUUGAUCUUUUAAGACUCCAGAGUACUCGCCACUCGUAUGGCCACGUUGGAUCAUGACGUCAGAAGCGAAAAUGAUUCUGAAAAUUUUUUGCGUGUUAUUUUCAAAUAAAAAGCUAUUUGUAUGAAAGAACAUUUCAUGUCGCUUGAGGAUAUUUGUAAAAUACUCUGAAAACUAUUUCCCUUGACAGUCAAUAAAUAGCCGUAAGAUUAAGGUGAUAAAAUAAUGAGAAAAUACAUAAGAAGUGUAAUUAUCAGUAUAAUUAUAUAAUGUGUAAUUAUAAGUAUAAUUAUAUAAUGUAAUAUUAGUUUUACGGUUUAUUUGUUAAUUGUAAAGGAAAAAUUAUAGUUUUCGGAGCAUUUUGCAUUUGAAAAUGACACGUUAGAAUUUUGGAUAUGCGUUUUUUCACUUCUAACGUCAUCAACAAAGAAUUACGCGGCAAGAGACCAGAAAUCUUAAAACGUAUAUUUGUAAUAUGAAUUAGAUUUAUCUAAAUGGAUAAAAUGGCAUUUAUCUCUAUUAUACAAGAUAAAUUUUACGCAUAUAUAUUAAAAUAAAAAUAUAGAGAAAAACAGCUUUUCUUUUGCGUACGUAAUGAAUCCUACGAUAACGAAUCUCGAUAAAAUUCUUAUCCAAAGGAAAAUAAAUUCUCACGAUGAGAGAGAGAGACUUCCAGUGUACCUUACGCAACAAUUUUUUAGACUUCUUGUAGGAGACAUUGAUGUAUUAGGCUUUCGCGACGUGAAGAAAUGUUCGGUUUAGCUUCCGGGUUGCAUCCUGUGUCCUUUGUGGAUUCGUUUCCAACGUUUUGUGAAUAUUUCAGUUUGCUUCUUCAGAGAGAGCAGCGAUCUGAAAUUCAGGUUGUUCCUGAAGCCCUUAGAUCAGAUCGUUCCUUUCUCUAAAGAAGUGAACUGAAACAUCAAAAAUGCCAUGAAGAACGCAAGUAUCAAUCCAAGAGCCAACCCAACCAACAUUGCUUGAUGAUUUCUUGUAGUUUAUCUUUACUGAUAUUUCAUUAAAGGAUAUAAAAUAAUUGUAUUUGAAAAGCUCA